AUGGCAGCCAGGUCCUCUUCAAUCGUCCGCCGAGCGCUGCUCUAUGUGCCCUCGUCGUCGGAAAAGAUGCUCGCCAAGUCGUUGGGCCUAAAGUCCGAUAACGUGACGUAUGAUCUAGAGGACUCCGUGACGCCUUCCUUAAAGACACAGGCCCGAGGUCAACUUCGGUCUUUUCUCGAGAAUAAUGCUUCGCGACCACCGUCCAUCUCCGAACUGGCCGUACGGAUUAACGCUGUGGAAACCAAGUAUGCUCUGGACGACCUGACUUCCCUCGGCGCACUCCCCAACGUCGAUGCUGUCGUUGUCCCAAAAGUCAACUCCGCCGCCGACUUAACAUACGUCACCGAUGUAUUGCGUCACGUAGCUCCCGAGAGACACGCGUCAACGUCCCAUAAUCCCAUCAAGAUCAUUGCCUUGGUUGAGUCUGCUCGGUCAAUCAUGAACCUACCCGAAAUUUGCAAGGCGUCACCCUACCUCAGUGGUCUAGUAUUUGCUGCCGAGGAUUUCGCCCUGGAUUUAUCUCUGACGAGAACGCCUUCCCUUACGGAGUUUUUGUAUGCGCGAUCAGCCAUCGUUACCGCGGCGAGGGCCGCCGGCUUGCCUAGUGCAAUUGAUCUUGUCUGCACCUCAUUUAGGGGUGACGAAGGCUUGAAGCGGUUGGAAGAGGAGUCUCUCGGGGGCAAAUCAAUGGGCUUCAACGGCAAACAAUGCAUCCACCCCAACCAGGUGGCCCUUGUUCAGAAGUUGUUUGCCCCCGGCGAAAAGGAGGUGGAAUGGGCCGUACGUGUUGCAAUCGCGGACGAGAAAGCAAGCAAGGCGGGUCGUGGAGCCUGGACACUCGACGGCAUGAUGAUCGAUGCGCCGGUAACGGGGAAGGCUAAUGCUAUCAUUGCGAAAGCCGAGAAGUGCGACGUUGAUGUAGCAAGUCUUAGACAGAAGUGGAAGGGCCAGGAACCCGAGUAA